GCAACAUUAUGACCAAAGUAUACUUUACCUCUGCAGUUGUUACUGUAUUUGAAAGACAUCUUUCUUCGGGCAUAAAAUGACAACAGGAUUCUAGAACUGGCCAGACCAAUAGAAUAUAAGGAAGCAUGGAAAGCAACAAAGCCUUGGAGGAAGCUGGUGUGGGGAAACCAGGAAUCAAUAUGGACUGUCACUAUGGCUGCUAAGACUGCAAACCCAACAGAAAGAAUUGUAUACCUUGCCAAACCCAAGAAAAACCACCAUGGGGAAUUAGCACAGAACAGUGAAAAGUUUUUGCAAAGCUGUGGUCAAGGGUCGUCCAUUUGGAAAAUUCCUCUGUCUGCUUUAAAUUUUGAACCAUCUGAGAGAUUGAAGAAGCUGGCAAAACCAAAGAGAUUCUCUAAGGAUUAUCAAGAAAACAGGUCUGCAUUUGAUCUAGGAUGUGGUCGUGGCUCCACCAUAUGGCAUAUUAGUCCUGCAUCCCAGUUCUGUGAAACCUCUCCACGUGUUUUGCAGCUUGCAUAUCCAAAAAUAUGUAAUUUAGAAUUCAAGCACAACAAAGAGGUGGAAACAUAUAUCUCCCUUGGUACAAGAAUGGCAACCAGUACUCCAAGACUGGAACACCUGUCACUUCCAAAGAUUAAAGAAGACAGUCACCUGUACUUUGAUAGGGGUCAACCAGAGCAGCUCAUACGUCCAGUCUCAAAACCAGCACGCAAAGCACUGGCUACGUCUCGGAUUCUGCAACUAGCUAAACAUAAAGAAAUUCCUAGUAACUAUUUGCCUGAACGAGACGUCGUGUGGGCAAUAACUAGUAGUGUUAGAAAUUCAUCAGCAUCACCAAGAACACUGGAACUAGCUAAGCCAAUAAUGAGACAACCUAUGGACAUGCUUCAAUAUGACACAGAGGCCUUUAAAGUAAAAGAAGUAGCCAAGAAAUCAAUGUGCACACAGAGGAUCAAAGAACUUGCAGAACCGAUUCAACGAUGACCUGGAUGUAGUACUGUGUAAUAACAGAAGGAAGUAAAUUCUGAUUGGGUAAUCUUAAAAAAAAAAAAAAAAAAACUGUGGAUUUCUUUGUUUUUUAUCUAUACAUUUAUAUGUUUGGUUGCCUCAGUUCUGUCGUGUUAUACAGUAGAGUUUUGUCACAAGAGCAUUGACAGCUCAAAUGUACUGUGAGGCUAAAACCUAAUAUAACAACAGUUACAAAAUAUGUGAAGCCUUUAUAAAUCAUGUGGAAACCAAGUUUACUAUUUAAAGUCGUUCUUGAAUAAAUCGUAUGUCAGGAGGUUUUGACAGUUGUACACAGACCUGUAAGUCCUCUCAUGGAGUAAAUGCAGUGCUCUGAUCAUAAACACAUGAUUUAUACAUUCAUAAUUAAACUGAGGAUGGAAUUGGGA